GCGCUUGGAGGCAAUAUGAAAGAAGUAGGAGCAGAUGCGCGUGAGCCGGCUAAUCUAUCGCCUCUGCUAUCGAUCAAGCACCUCAGACUCGCCUAAUCCUCAAGCGCAUUGAACUUUUGCAAGCGCCCAGCAACAUGACCAAUCCCGACGAGGACGAAUGGGAGUACGAGUACGACGAGACCGAAACGGAGGACUUUUACAUUCCACUCGAUCUUUCCAAUGUUCCCGCGGCCCAGAUUCCAAUGGUGUCGCAAGGCCGGUCAGGCCAUCCGACUUUGCUCAAAAGCCGACUGCGUGCGCUGAACGCCGCUCGAGGGCAGCCCACCGAGUUUGCUGCCGACACCAGCCAUGGGCAGGAUACGGCGACAAUGGGCGAGGUACAAGUCAUCGACCUGCACACGCCCAACCCGCUCGUCAUGUACAACGGCGAGCUGCUGAGUUGCCACUGGACCUCGACCAUCGGAACCGACAUGUUCUUCGUGAAACCGGAUGCGGAUGCCGCGAACCCGACUCAGCCCUUGCGCUCGCUGCCAGCCGUCGAUUUGCUGUCUCUGGGAUCUGCAAAAUUGGUUGCAAAAGUCGGACAUCUGCGGCCGCGUGACGAUGUGAGCCACUCGGAUGAUGCGCAACAGGUGGCCGAACCUACGGGCGCACAAAGCAGUGGUCGCGAUUCGGCUGCUCCACCAUCCGGUGAGGGUGGAGGACAGCAAUCCUCUGACAAUGGGGCCAAACCAACCUCAUCCAACUUCCUUGCGCGAUUGAAUGAGGCAAAGGCGAAGAGGGGAGACAAGUCAAAGUUGGCAGUCUCCAAGACUUCCGACGGUCCUCGUCUCGUGGCUGAAAAGGCGGAUGCUCCAACCGAGGACUCAUUGCAUAAUGACAAUGACACGGCCAUGGGAGGGGUGUGAAGUUGAUGGAAGAGGGUCUUGAACACGGAAACUCGCGUAUUUCGGUCUUCUCGCUCGAGCUGAGGCACGUUUGUUGCUGCCAGGCAAAGGUAUCUCUGGAGUACGGCAAUAGCGAAGUGGUCUGGACUGGUAUUUGCAGUGUCGUCAUGAGCAGACACCGCUUGUGAUGGGACGACUUACUGAAGCAUGUACGAUUUACUGGGUGAAAAACAUGAGAAUCAAGGAUUGUGGAUGACUGCUGGGUACUUGGCAGUUUGAGUUUCGUUCAUGGGCGGUGCCUUACUCCAGCAGCGGGGGACGAGAGCUCCUACCGUGGCAACAUGAACCCCGAGUAUGCCCACGUUUUAGGCUGCGUGUGCGCCCUGCUUCCUACACACGCUCAGCCACC